AUGCAGCAGCAGGAGGGUACAGUACCCAAGACGUUAGAAGAUGCACGAGAGUAUUUCUUACGAUCGCAAACUAACAAGGGAGGAGUAGUAGAUCGUUAUUUACCUCCUCGUGAUCCAAACACUCUUCUCUUAGAACCCCACAAAUUAACAAAAGAGGAGCAACGCUAUCAGCUACUUUUUACAGUACUCCCUUGGUUAUUCUUCGGGUGUAUGUUAGCAACACCUCUUUGUUUAGCUCAUUAUCAUUGCAAACAACUUGAACAAAGACAAAGACAUUUAACUCAUGGUAUAGAGUUGCCAGUAGCAAUAUGUGACAUAUCUGCUGCAGCAAAAGCAGCAGCAGGUGCGGGCCCCCCUAAGCAGCAGCAGCAGCAGCAGCAGCAGCAGCAGCAGCAGCAGCAGCAGCAGCAGCAGCAGCAGCAGCAGCAACAGCAGCAGCAGCAGCAGCAAGAGGAAGAAAAGGAGCAUUUAUGUGCUGCUGCUGCACCUCAUGAAAUAGAUUCUGCUGCAGCAGAACUUCUCCGUUGUGAGUUUGCGGAGACAUUCAUAGACCCAUACACUCAUACAGAGAGAGGGGGCCCCCCAGGGGGCCCCUCAGGGGCCCCCCCAGGGGCCCCUAUAGAAGGGGGCCCCCUGAAUAAUGAUGGGGGGCCCCCUUAUGAAGGGGGAGGGCACCUAAAGGUAAUGAGACUAAAGGAGGCCCUUAAUGCAUGCAGAGAAAGGAGGAAACAAAAAUAUCCAACUGUUACUAUUUAA